AUGGAAUACCUCGAAGUACGUGGAUCGACUGGCAAAAGCGCCGCACAGAACUUGCGACGACUCGACGCAACGCCAAGCGCCCAAUGUUGGGUGGACAAGGCGCCAAGACCAUCUUCCCGUUCAAGUACGAGCUCCUUGCCUUCAUGA